AUGGGUUAUAAAAGGGAAUCUUUGAACCAAGCAGCGAAUUCUAAAAUAUUUUUAUGCACCAACGAUGAUCUUUUAGAAAUUAUCGAACGAUGUUAUGAAGAUACAAAAAAUGAAAGUUAUUUAAACUUCGGUGAUGUUAUAAUCGAUAAUCUCGAAUUUAAUGAUGGUAAAAUUAAACGUAUUGCUAUCACCCCUGGCACUAUUUGUUGA